AAUGCCUCGCGAGUAACAUCGCGACGGGCAAAUGUAGCUCGCGUAAGCUCGCCACUCUCUUUGCAUUUUUUUGCAUGUAAUCUAGAAUCGAGAAUAUAAUUAUCGCGAGAGAGCAGUUAUGAGGGAAAAUGAUGGAAUUAUGUUAUGUUUUUUAUUGAUAUUCGCAUUAUGUACGAGAGUAUAUUCGGCAAAUACCAGACAUGUAAUUAUCAAGAGAAAUUACAGUGACCAAAGUGUAAGAGGCUACCUAGCCGAGAGGACUUGCUGGUGGAACGAAGUGUGCAAGGAAGAAUUUCACAGUAAGUUUCGGUGUCGCUGCCCGAAAUGGUCCUAUUGUCGUUCACCAGGAAGAUAUUAUGACGCACACUGUAGUAUGACACGCACAGGUUACAUAUGGACCCAACCCGAAACGUCAUUAAGUCUCGAAAUCGAUAAGUAAAUGAUGCUAUGGAGUACCAGACCCGCGAAGAAAGACAGGUGAAUUAAAAAAAAUCGAUAGAAUCCAUUUCGCAUGGCAAAGUUCAUGAAAUAAAGGAUAGCAAUAUAUGAUGGAAAUAUUGAAAAUCAAACAUCUGUUCAAAAUCAAAAUCGGCGUUCGUUAGAAUUUUGCAGAUUUAUUCAUCAGUUAUAAGAUAUGGCAAUUGUUUUCAAGGUAAUUUUCUAUUAAUAGAUUUUAUCUAGAAAAGAGAACGUUGUUCCAAGAAUGACAUUCAAAAGACAUUUGGAUUUGGAAGAGCAAUGUAAUUUGUAUUAGAGCAUUCACAAAUUUACG